AAUAAGUGCCAGUAGUGCUGGGAGGUAAACUGGUUCAAAUCGAAAACCAGUUUUGUUUUUCGUUACGAUUUAAAUUUGUAAUAAACCGCUAUACCAGUGUAUUUAAUUACACGACGUUCGGAACUAACUUUACGCUCCGCCGCGCGACACUGUUUCAGACGGACCCUUUACAAUGUUGCACUUCCUUAGCAGCGACGAGUGGACGAGCAGUGCUCGGGUGUUAUGUUACAGUGAAGAUGGAUGCUGAACAUGAAACAGAAGAACUUGUGCCAAAAAAAGGAGCCGGGUCUGUUGUUUGGAGGUUUUUUGGUUUCCAAAAAUCCGACGUCGACCAAACAACCAUUUUAUGCAAGUGCUGUCGGGCUAAAAUUCAAGCCAAAGGCGGCAACACGAGCAAUUUGCUCCAGCACCUUAGCCGCAAGCACGUCUUGGAAUAUCAAGAAUGUAUGAAAUUAAAGUCAGCGCCCUCCACAUCAGCAGGUAACACGGGGAAACCAAAAGAAAAGUCUAGCCAAAUGUCACUUACAGACGUGUUCGCUAGAGGGACUUUCUACGACAGAAAAAGCAAACGGUGGAUCGAGAUUACAAACUCGAUCACUAACCACAUUGCCAAAGACAUGGUCCCGCUUAUUACAGUCGAAAAAGACGGUUUUAAGCAGAUGAUAAAGACGCUGGAUCCGAGGUAUGAAAUGCAGAGCAGAAAGUACUUUAGCCAAGUUGCUAUCCCCAACUUGUACCAAAAGCACAGAGCUACGCUCGAAACAGACCUGGCAACCGUCCACCACUUCGCAGCAACGACUGAUUUGUGGUCCAGUCGCACUAUGGAGCCUUAUCUGAGCCUUACGGUUCACUUUAUAAGUGAAGAAUGGGUGUUGCAAAGUCAUUGUUUGCAGACAAGCUACUUUCCUAAUGACCAUACUGGAGAGUUUCUUGCAGCAGGCCUGAAAGAGGCAUUUGAUUCCUGGGGACUUUCGGAGCAGAAGCUAGUGGCCAUCACUACAGACAGUGGAGCCAACAUCAAGAAGGCUAUUGAACUGAACAAUUGGACAAGACUCCAGUGCUUUGGUCACAGGCUUCAUCUAGCCAUAGAGACAGCUAUGAAAGAUGACCGCAUACAACGUGCAGUAGGUGUCUGCAAAAGAAUUGUGUCAGCCUUCUCAUACUCUUGGAAGAAAAGGAGGGACCUGGCUAUUGUUCAGAACGAUCUGGGUCUUCCAAAGCAUGUGCUCACAACUGAGAUGCCUACAAGGUGGGGAUCGCGUCAAAUGAUGAUUAAAAGAGUACUUGAGCAAGAGAGGGCCAUUAGUCAGCUUCUAAAAGCUGACAAGAAAUCAAGGCACUUGGUCCUUAGCUGGCAAGAUGUAGAUGUCCUAGAAGAGAUAGUGCUACUAAUAAAGGCUCAACAGGACACACUCUCAGGGGCUGCUGGUGCAGCAGAAGCAGAGCCUGUUCCUCCUCCUGAGGAAAAAAGAAAAAAGACUUUGGCCAGCUUUUUCAAAAGGCAGAGCACCACCAGCAACAGCACACUCGCAGUGCCAGACGACCAAAGCAUCAGAAUGGAGCUGACAGUCUAUUUACAGACCACAGAGGUUGACAGUGAUACAGAUCCUUUAGACUGGUGGAGAUGCCAUCAGACAAAUUUCCCUCGCAUUGCCAAGCUAGCUCAGCAGUAUUUAUGCAUCCCUGCCACCAGUGCUCCAUCUGAGAGAGUUUUCAGCACUGGUGGCAACAUUGUCACUUGCCACAGGGCCGCACUCAAACCAGAUGCUGUGGACCGUCUCGUUUUCCUGGCAAAAAAUUUGUAAAUGUUGAAAUGUGUGAUUAUUGUUUACAUUUAUACAGGAUAAUAAUCCUGUGAGCCAAGUUGCAGUUGUACUUUAUAUUUAUUUUAUAUGUUCUGGUUUUAAAGCAAUACUUUUGAAGGAAUAACUAAUGCAAGUUGCAUAAUUUUAUUUUUGUAGACCUCAAAAGCAAUGCAAGACAAGUUAAUAUUUACUUGAAUAAACGUAAUGUAACUGGGCUUGUACUUGAAGAAAAAGUAUUUUAAGUUAAUUUAAGUGGACUUGUUCUUAUUUUGUUGUUCAAAAUAAAAUAUCAAAAUAAAUGUUC